CGGCUAGUUUUCGGACCACUGGAUGCGUGUCUGACUGCCGUGUGGGACAACGGGCUUCCGGCUUGCCGCAGCCGGAACAAUCACUCAAUCAGAUGCAGAUGCUUCUCUCCCCCAGCCCCCCACCCGCCGCCGCCCACCUCCCCGCCGCCGCGCCCGCCUGGACGCAGCCGCUUCGCGCGCGCCGGCUGGCCGGUGUUCCUCAAGCCUCCGCCUCCGCUGAAUUUCCAGGAUUCGUUCCAGACGGCGUCCAGAUGCCACCCGGAAGGCGCCGCCGCCGGAGUGUGGCCGGCAUCGACCAGGACGAGCUCCUCGACCCGGAGGCCCUCGCCGACCCGGACAGCAGCUUCUUCGAAAUCAACGGCGUCAGGCUCCACCACAAGGUUUGCAGCCAUGACGAUGAGGACUCGUCCAGCGACCAAUCCUCGGACGCCACCGUCUCAGAAGCUGGCCGGAGUGGAAUCGGCCUUCCCAUACUUCUGCUGCACGGCUUCGGUGCGUCGGUGUUCUCCUGGAGCCGCGUCAUGCGGCCGCUGGCCCGCAUUGCCGCUGCCAAGGUCCUUGCGUUCGACCGGCCGGCGUUUGGGCUGACGUCCAGGGCCAGCUGGUCCGGUGAUGACAGCAAACCUCUCAACCCGUACUCCAUGGCGUUCUCGGUCAUGGCCACGUUGGCAUUCAUCGACUAUCUCGGCGCCGAGAAGGCUGUCCUUGUCGGGCACUCGGCUGGUUGCCUUGUGGCAGUGGAUGCAUACUUUGAGGCGCCGGAACGGGUCGCUGCUCUUGUGCUAGUUGCACCGGCAAUAUUUGCGCCGAGGAAGGGAGUGAAAGAUAGUGCCACAGGGGAACAAGAAGCGCAAAAGCAGAAUGUUCCCAACGAUGAAAAUUCACCUCCUACUCUGUUUGCUAGGAUCUGGGGUGCGUUUCUCAAGCUAUGCAAGCACAUUGCAGGGCUUGUUUCCAAGAUGAUGAUGGUGAUAAGAGACGUACUUCGAUCUCUGUAUGUUAAAGCUCUUGUUGCUUUUCUUCGGUCAUCAUUGGGCGCUAUGCUGGUAAGAUGGGUCAUGGACAAAUUUGGAAUACUAGGCGUCCGUAAUGCGUGGUAUGACCCAAGUAAAGUAACUGAUCACGUCAUACAAGGGUACACGAAGCCACUAAGAUCCAGGGGUUGGGAGACUGCUCUUCUGGAGCACACCAUAUCCAUGAUCAUAGAUUCUGCAUCAGCGACAAGAGUACCGGUUUCAAAGAGGCUUUCUGAGAUCUCUUGCCCAGUGCUAGUGGUGACCGGUGAUACUGACCGCAUUGUCCCUGCUUGGAAUGCUGAGCGUGUGGCACAUGCUAUACCUGGAGCAAGGUUUGAGGUGAUCAAGGGUUGUGGUCACUUGCCCCAGGAGGAAAGACCUGAAGAAUUCCUGUCGGUUGUUGAAAGGUUUCUACGGACGGUGUUCGGAACUCCAAAUGAACGUGUGUUCCAAGCAGCUGUAUGAUGAACCAUGUAUGAUCCAUACAUGCACACACAUAGAUUUGCAGAUUUGAGAUAAGAAGAGUAAUUACAGUGAAACAAGAGAACUGAAGAUGGGUCAGCUCUAAUUGUGGGAAUUUUUUUUGAAAAGAAUUGUGGGAAAUUUAGCGGUCCAAUUGGAAUUUAUUGCAUUGUAAGGUUUGUAGAAUUGCUUAUUUGUACAAGUAUCAACCUUCCUGCGAUCUUGUGUAUAUAGUUGGAAAUGUACAUUACAUCUCCCUUGAUUAAGGAAUCUCAUUGGUUCAUCCUUCUACCA